UACCUUAAAUAAUAUUUGUGAAUUAAGUAAUCUAAAAAGAAAUGCAUUUAAAGAAUUUAAUUAUUUCUUUCUGAAAUCAAAAUCUAUGGCUAAGGACCUUGUAUCUCCUAUCUAAUCCUUGUGACAUCACAGGUUUUAUAAAUCUGUUACCAUAGUUACGAAGAAAAUUUCAUAUCAUUGCUGAGACUGACAAUCUGAUCACUGUUGAACUGUAAUGGUUGUUUCACCUGUAAAACUCUCACCUGAGUUUUAGACAAUUGUAAGCAGUCUACGUACAUAGUAUGUGGAGGUAUAUACGGACUGAUUUAUGGGAAACAACAAUGGAUUUACUAUCACAAAACAUUACCUGAAAUGUAUUCAUAAAUGUUGGGAUGCCUGAGGCUAGAUAUGCACUGGAAUUUGAGAGAUCUGCUACACAUUAUUUAUAUAUUCAUUACAAGAUUAUAAUUCUAUGCAAAUUGAAUGGAUGGUUUUGAAAAACACCGGAGGUGGAAAGGGCUGUGAUAAGAUUGGAUGUAUUUAUUUGAAAAUUUCCUGGUGUGUAGCUAGCAGUUCAACAUGUUUCUUCAGCCAAUUAUCACGGAUUUCAGCGAUCUAGCCAAUGAAAAAAGCUAUAAAACCGGAAUUGUUAAUUAAUUUCAUAUGGUGCCAGACUUUUUUCAGACUAUGCCAGUGACCUUUUAAUUGAUGCUGAUUUCCACCUGGUUUUAUUAAGGAUUGUCGACAUCGCUGUAUCUUAAGCCCUUUGACACAGUGCUAUCAGGAAACAUUACAAGUUCUAAGAUCUUUGAAGAUCUGUACAACAUCUAGUGCGAGUGGCCCACCGUCUAUUUUAGUAGCAACACACCAGGAAGUCCUAUAUCCCAUGUUGAUUGUUUUUUUACCACUAAAAAAAGUGUGCCAUGAACAAAUUUUGAAAUAAGGACUUGAAGAUAACAGUAAAUACAAAUAUAGGUCACAAGGUGAUUAGUGGUUCGGAUCAUCUUCUGAUGAGAUUCCAUAAUCAAAGAAAAGACAUUUCUUCAGUUGCUUUGUUUGCCAAAUUCUGUAGGGAUAUUUUUAAACAGUGAGAUGUGGGGUUAUGAAGUUUAAAUCUGUUGGAAAGCCUAGUGGGAUCACGGUGAUAACUGGCUCUGGGUCUCUGUUCUCUAUGGUACAUUUUUACAUGUGACCCCACCCAGCAGACCGAUGUUUAGUAACCUCGCCCACUUUUGGACAGCGGACAGACACGGGAUGGUGCUGGUUAAUGACUGCCUUCGUAGUCCUGUUUAUACCUGAGAGGCAGGCUCCAGAUGGGAUCAGUUUUUUAAUGGAAUAUUUGCAGUGUUUUUGGCAGGAUGUGGAAUACUGUGUGUUGUAAUGAGUGCUUUGGGUCUCUCUACAAGUAUCUUGGACUUGUUGUGCUAUUAUAAAUGGCCACUACAGUUUAUGGUAUCGUGUAUCAUCUUCAGGUAGAAGUGACAGUGAUAUAUAUAUAUUAACUAGUUUGAGGUCACUGAAAUAUUAUGUCAGGCAGGACUUUGACAAUAGAAGAUUAUGACUGGGGCAUUGUGUUAAGGUAACACUAAAUUCUAGGAGCACUUUCACACCUUGUCAGGGAUUUAAUUAUUAAUUCUAAUGAUGUUAUACGUUGGAUAUAACUGAUUGAACUGAUUGAUAGAAUUUCUUAUCACAUAGAAAUUUCAGUGGAUAUUUUAAAAUCUGUGACAAUAUCGUGACAUCAUUGCUGCUAGUUUGGAUUUUUAAUGUAACCAUGGAACACUUAAGGGUUCAUUAAGAAUCAUUGAACACCUGUAAUUCUCCUUAUUGGAAUCAACCAUCAGACUAUAGUGUCAAGAUGUUAAGUCGCCAGAUGAGCAUGGAGCUCGAAGACUACAAUGGUAAUCGCCCAUUGUGGCUAGAGUUGGAGGAACGGAUCGGGGCAGAGGGGUCAAUGACAGUGAAACUACGGCGAUUAAUACACCGCAAAUUAUCACAGUCACAGGCGGAUCUCCCUAUCUACAACAGCAAGUAUCCCUUCUCCAUGACCAGGAAGGACCCUUUCCAGACAGAAAAUCAUGUCCUCUUGGAGAACAUUAACAAUAAUUUCCAGGUCCCAAGGGGUCCAACCUUAGAGUUACCUCCCUCUAGCAAGGGAGCCAGUGUAUACCGGAGCCAGUCCUUUGGUGGGAUGUCGACACGCUCAGCUCCAAACCUGGGUUCCCCCUCUGGCUCUACCCCAGUCCUCGGCGAGACGUUGAGGGGACGGGGUUGGGCCAAGUCCCCCCAGGCCUCAAGGACAAGUUUAGGGGGAAGUUCAAGGAAGUCCCCAAAAGUUCCCAAGGUCCCACGUCCAAAUCGGGCAUUCCUCAUGUUUGACAGUGUACGGAGAGGUGUGAGGGAAUUCAUUGAAGCAACAAGAGAUGAUAUUGACCAGUUACAUUCCAAGGGAUUGGACUCCACAUCUACUGCACAGGGCAGAUUACAUGAAACAGACAAGCAAAUCAAAGCUGCCGAGCGUUAUAUGAAGAGACUAGAGUUCCACCUAUCAAAGAUUGAAGAGCUCCAUGACUGCUAUUUGGUCCAGCAACAACUACGAGAAGGGACAAAGACGAUGCAGCGAGCGUACAUACUGUCCCCGGCCAAACGACGCGAGGUACUGGCCAGUGUACGAUAUGGCAUGAAGGAGUGCUCACAGACAAUGUGUGCCAUAGAGGCACAGUUAGAAUCAAUGCUGGGCACAUUUAACUGUAAAUUAAAAGGGAUGGCUGGAUUUGCACGACUUUGUCCGGGUGAUGUAUUUGAAAUUUCUUUAAAACAUGGCACCCAGAAAUGGAAAUCAAAAGGACGUGUAGAAAAAACUGGUGCUCAGAGAUGGGACAACGCGGAAUAUACAUUUAAAGCAUUAGUGGGGGACAUCAUUCACAUAAAGGGUGUGGAGGCACGCAGCUUCAAGUCUGUCCUGUUGGGUCAGAAGAGCUGUGACACACGCGACCUUUUCUCUUCCAAUCCUCAACUGAUGACUGUGAGCAUCAACACCAAUGGCUCUCUCAAACUCAGCAUUGUCAUCACCUGGAACCCACUAGAUGGCGUUGAGGAGAGCAUGUCCUACUUUGAGGUGCCUAUGCGACCUGCCAACACACCAAGGAGACGUCCCGUAUCUGUAUUAGCUCUCAAUGGCGAGUUAAAUGGAAGUUACAUGAGCCUAUCCGAUAAACAGGAGCGCCGGUUCUCAACACCUCUGUCCCUCACCAAGGAUGAUAACUUUCUAUUCCGUACAUCAGCGGCCAGCAGUGCGAGUGCCCAAUCCUCUCCCUACCCCUCCAGUGAGGGGCGACUACUACACAGAGACUCGGGGUUCUCCAGUGCCAUCAACCUUCCCACAUCUUCCCCUGUACAGUCCAAGAAACCCCUCACCUCUCCUCCAUCUCCUCCCCUGGAGACGAGGGCCCGGUCCCCGCCCCUGACCAGGGAGGGGCUCCCCACCCACCAGUCCCCGGUCCAUCCUUCAUCCCCUGUCCUUUCACACUCCACCCUUCCAUCUUCUGUGUUCAAUCAUCUCCACUUCCCUGUGGCAUCCAGUCACAGUAGCACCCAGGUGCGAGAGGAACCGCAAACGGUGGAGGACGCUCUCAAUUCACUACAGACUGCCCUAGAAGAUUUCCAUGGUCAGUACCGUGAACUGGAACGACUGGAGGAUGUAGUGGUUACUCUGGAACAUGUACUCAGGAAGGAGUCUCGGUGUAGUUCACGUUCCUCCAGUAUCAGUAUAUCUAUAGAGAGUGCCCUGGAGGCGUUCGACUUCCUCAACACUGAGGAGACAAUGGUAGAGGAAGCAGAACCUCAGGUAGACCAAGCGGCAUUUGAUAACAUCAUAUCCAGUCCUGAAUCAACUGCUAAAACAGCUGACUCUGGCAUUGAGUCGUUAGCCAAGCGCUUGAGUGAGGACACACAGCUGGGAUCCAGUGAAGGAUCAAGUCCCCUACCCCCUACCACAGGGAAUGACCAAGUGGACCACGCCCUAAUAUACCACCUGGUGUACUGUGAACGUCUACUAGAGAGUCUGGGUAACUUUGGUCCACUGAAGUGUCGAGAAAUCUAUGCAUUAGACAAGCUACAGAAGCAGGCAGAGAUCAUAGAACACUUAAUCAAGGUGGCGAGUACUGGGGCAGUAAUAGACCUCCUCACAGUGAUGACAGAUUUGAGCGAUGACAAAAGUCUACGCGAGUUCUGGGCGAGAUGUACUGACCACAAUGUGCUGUACAUACUCCCAGAAAAGUUGGUGACCAGUCUGGAACAGAAAUAUGGUCCACAACUUCAGUCCAAGUACAACAAGGAACCAAAGAAAGUGUUAAGACACCUGGUAAUGAGGAUACUAGACGUACCUAGUUACGACCCAGAAAAGAUCAAGUCCACGUGUGUUGUGACCCUUCACCAGUUCAUGCGCUACUUCAAGGACGAGGGAGGCUUUGCCAACGUAGACGGAGUUGCCUCUGAUUUACACAUGAUAGAACAACUCUGUUCCACAAACCCUGAUGCUGUGAUCAAGACAAUAUUAUCGCUGCGGGAUGAACUUCCCUCCUCGCCCUGCCUCAAGGUCAUGGGGGCAUUACUGGUGUCCAAAAGCCAGGAGGUGCAGAAGUGUCUAGCAUCCUAUCUGAACUUGAUCAACAUGAAAAGUGACGAAAGAACAAAGGCCAUUGUGGUAUUCGUGGAGGGACUGGAGGAUAAAACGUCAGAGAUCCGGGCAGGAUCCUGUAUAGCUUUAUCCUUGUUAGAGGCCACAGAAGGAAUAGACCAAUUAGCCUACAUCUGUCAUACAGACACCUCUCAGUCAGUACGACUGAAGGCCAAGGAAGCACUUGUGUCCUUGGGUGAGGAAGGGCGCAGGGCCUAUGAUGAAGGUCAGCUGACAAGUCACGGAUUCCAAGGUGUUCAUGUCAGGAAGUGAGGUUAUACUGGGGCUGCUGUGAUCAUUUUGCUGGCAGAUGUUAUAGUGAGCAUUAAUUCACUGAGAAAUGUGAUGAUAUAGUGAGCAUUAAGUCACUGAGAAGUUUUGAGGACAUAGUGAGCACUUGUCUGACUGGAAGUACCCUGUUGAUGUUCCUCUAAAUUGUCGCAAGUCUCCAAGACUCAUACUUCUCAAAUGGAUGUGCUUUCAUCUAGAAUGACAACUAAUCUAGACUGUACCUCUAGUGCUGAAGUCUAAAAAGGAAAACUUAUCAACCAUAUUAGAUCUCUAGUGCUGUUAUUGGGGAGAAAUGAUCAGUAUUGUAUGUCUAGUGCUGUGAUUUAGAAGGACAACUGAUGCACCAGAUCUAGUACUGUAUUCUACAGAUAGUGCCCCUAGAGCAGACAAGCUGACAGGACUACUACUGUAGAUGGAAAAUGGAAUAUCCAAGGGAACUGAAAAAUACCUUGUAAAGGAGGAAAUCACACAUGACACUUGGAUUAUAUUGAGAGGCAGCAUAGAGUAUAUGAGUAUGACGCCAAAUUUCAACUUGAAAAAAGGUGAUUGUAAAAAGUCAACCAGUCACCAAGGAACAGGGAAGGGUGUGCAGAUGUGCAAUACAUUGUUUAUAAAGUUUUAGUGAAUAUGGUCAGUAUAUAUAUCUACAGAAAUCAAUAUUACCAGUGAGACACAUUUUCACCAAAUGAAUAGUUAGAUGGUGUGGAGACUACAAAGAAACUACUUACUGUGUUUACAUACUCAGUAAAUCUCAUGUUUAUUACCGGAUUACUUUAUAUGUGAUGUUCAUUCUUCUAUAGUCAAAAUAGUGCAAUAUAUAUCAUAUGGCAAUUCUGAAAGGUUCAUGAUAUUACGGUGGUCAACACCUUGCUGAAUACAUAUAUUCCCUGUGCAGACUUGUGUUGUAUUAUGAGGUUGAGAAUUGUAUUGUGUGUAACAUUGCUAUAAUGACAGAUGUGCUGUGGGACACAGCGCAGUAAGCAAUAAGUUGUUUACACAGUCGCAAGUCAGGACAUUACAUUGUGUUGGCCAAACUAGCUGGUGUACAUUUCAAAACAUUGCCUGACUUACCUAAACUGAUAUAGAGAGUUUUGGCUGAUAUUGUGCUGCAAUACACACAGAGGAUUUUGUGAUAUCGUGGAACAGAACUCUGGUAAUGUGAUGUUUCUAUUAGGUCAUUAGUGACUCGUACAGGAUGGCAAUAUGUGGACAAAGGAGACAAACUUGUGUUUAUAUAUAUAUAUAUACCUGUGAUGAUGAUAAUUGUCAUAUAAAACUCUACAAAUAGUUUGCAUCUGUCACUUCUAUGAUUACUGAUUGAAUUAUCUCCCUUGACCUUUUGUCUUGUCUUAAUAUUUAAUUAUCUCCCUUGGGCUAUUGUCCUGUCUUAAUAUUUAAUUAUCUCCCUUGGGCUAUUGUCUUGUCUUGCUAUUUGAAUUAUCUCCCCUUUGCCCAUGGUCAGCUCUGGUACUCUACCUCUAAUGCUUGUUUCCUUUUAUUUUUGUCUCUUUCAAAUUAUUGUUUGAAUUUAUUUCACAUUAUCUGUGAAGUUACUCAGUAUAUAUAAGGAAAUAUUAUUAUGAUAAGCAAAUAGUUCUGUGAUUUUCUUUAGAAUCCUUGACCUUUUGCCUCCAUGUUUUUUUUUGUUUUUUUUUUUAAAUUAUAACUGAUCGUACUAAAUGCAUAUCAAAGAAACAUUAAAAAAAUAACACUUUUGCAGUUAAAUCAUCUGAAGAGCUUAUUGAAAAUAGGCAGUAACUGAAACAAAACAAUAUGCUUAAAACUAUUUAAAACGCUGGAGGUAAAAUGAUUAUUUCAUCUCAUGCAUGUAAUUAAUUCACUAUAAAGAAUUCUCCACCAGUGUUAGUUCCAGAAGUUAUAUCCAUGGACUCACCACAAUAUAUUGAUGUACAAUAUUAACUACUUGCCAUAUUCAUGUAUUCGUAUUAAGUUGUAACUGUAAUGUAUACAAUUAAUGUCUUCCGAUGAAUCAGCAUUGAAUCAUUUACCAAAUUAUCUCCACUUUACUACCAAUACUAUGUCAGUUGAUUUUAACAUGCCUCAAAAUCGUGAAGUUGCACUAUUUUAAAUGGUGCUUGUUGUACUGAUAAAAAUAUGGAUAAAAAUCUAACUUAUCGUUCGUAAUGAAAUAUAAUGUCAAAUAUAGAUAUGUUUCUUUAAAAAGGUCAUAUUCAAAAAUCAUGAUAUUGGUAUUUUUUGUACAAGGACAGACUACUGGGUACAAAAGUAAUCAUUUUGGUAAUGAAGAAUUGUUGCCAAUAUCCUUGUCCUGAAAAAUAUAGGAAAAAUAAUUACAACACUAAAACCUAGAAAAUCUUGACCUCAUGUUUUAAUUUUUCAGGUUAAAUUUCAAAUGUUUCUAAAUCAUAGUAACCUAAUCUACACAAUCAGUUUGUGUAUCAGGGUUGAUGUUUGUAAUGUAUGUAUAUUAGAUAGCAGAGAAGUCUUUUUGACACUAUCUGCUGCAUAUCUGUCAUAUUUGUUAUACAUUCCUUACCUCUGAAGAUAUUAAAACCUCUCUUCUGAUUAUCAUUGUUUACCUGUAAUAACCCAUGAUUACCUGUGCUGUCACUACAUGUGGUUACCGAUUACGUAAUUACUUGUGAUUACCUGUGCUGUCACUACAUGUAGUUACCUAUUAUGUAAUUACAUGUGGUUAUCGAUUACGUAAUUACUUGUGAUUACCUGUGCUGUCACUACAUGUGGUUACCUAUUAUGUAAUUACCUGUGAUUACCUGUGCUGUAAUUACAUGUGGUUACCUAUUAUGUAAUAACCUGUGAUUACCUGUUCUGUAAUUACAUGUGGUUACCUAUUAUGUAAUUACCUGUGAUUACCUGUGCUGUAAUUACAUGUGGUUACCUAUUAUGUAAUUACCUGUGAUUACCUGUGCUGUCACUACAUGUGGUUACCUAUUAUGCAAUUACCUGUGAUUACCUGUGCUGUAAUUACAUGUGGUUACCUAUUAUGUAAUAACCUGUGAUUACCUGUUCUGUAAUUACAUGUGGUUACCUAUUAUGUAAUUACCUGUGGUUACCUGUGCUGUAAUUACAUGUGGUUACCUAUUAUGUAAUUACAUGUGGUUACCUGUGCUGUAAUUACAUGUGGUUACCUCUUAUGUAAUUACCUGUGAUUACCUGUGCAGUUAUUACAUGUGGUUACCUAUUAUGUAAUAACCUGUGGUUACCUGUGCUGUAAUUACAUGUGGCUACCUAUAACUGCAUGUGGUUACUAUUAUGUAAUUACUUAUAGUUACCUGUCUAAAGCUUGAGCUUAAAUUUCAAUGUUAUAAGUGAUAUUCUAGUCUAGAUACAAUUUUGACCAUCAGUAUGCCAAUGCUUGGAGUAUGACCACCCAUGUUUUAGUGUAAACUUAGACACAAAUCAGAUCAAAAUUCAGUUCUAAAAGAGCUUCAUGUAUCUAAAUUGAUUUACCCUCAGUGGAAAGUUUUUCAAGAUAAAGAUAGAAAUCCAGAAGUACUGCCUGCGAAUUGUUUGUUUCUCUUGCCUUUUUUUUUUUUUUAUAUAAAAAAUAAGAAACAUAGACAUGAAAUUGUAUACUUGAAAUAAGACAGUCUGAUCUACAGUUACCUCCCUUAGUUUCACUCUUCCAGCACCGUAUAUAGCAUAGUUUGACAGCCAAUGGGGUUCGAGAAUGGGAAUACAUGCAACCCCACAUCCUUACGUAUUGUCAAAUUUUAUUUCAACAAAAUGUGAUUGGCUCACUGUUCUGGGAAAUUACAACCCAUGAUGCAUACAUGUAUAUACUAACUUUAGGAUUAUGAUCCUAUGCCACGCCCCUAGCUUUGUCAUGGAAGUUACUAAGGAUAUACAUUAUAACUGUAGGACUCUGAUCCUGUGCCACACUCCAGUGUCAUGGAAGUUACUAAGGAUAUACAUUAUAACUGUAGGACUAUGAUCCUGUGUCAUGGAAGUUACUAAGGAUAUACAUUAUAACUGUAGGACUCUGAUCCUGUGCCACACCCCUGUGUCAUGGAAGUUACUAAGGAUAUACAUUAUAACUGUAGGACUAUGAUCCUGUGCCACACUCCAGUGUCAUGGAAGUUACUUAGGAUUGAUUAAUAUCACAGAUUUGUCAGUAUUUGUCUGGAUUCCUGUGCUACUUUCCCUUACUGUACUUAUUGAUAAAAAGUUAUACAAAUUCAUUAACCUGAUGAUUGUUAAUUUGCUUAAUUUAAAUAAGAAAAAUAUAAAUGAGGUACUAAGUAUAUAUACAGGAAUACAUUGUGUGAGUAUCUGUGUAAUGUAGUGUACAGAGGUCUAGUCACCAUCUACCAAUGAUAAUUACCCUAUGGGGACAUGGUCAUACAAAUGACUAUUACUGACGAUUAAACAUUGCAAAUUAA